AUGGCUACCUUACUUCAAGUAGAUCACUCAGUUGAACUUCGUAAUAGAAGGAAAUCGGAAGGGGCAAAGAGAAUUGUGCCACUUCCCAGCGUUCCAGAGGAGCGAGAGAGACAUUACUCCGUGGCCACCAUGACAAAUAUACAGGGCUUUAAGGAGCCAAACCGUAAAAUAUCAUGGAUGAGGCGAAGUACAAGGUGGACGCUUUUGGCCGACGAUGUGAAGUCCAACCCAGUCUUUACUAAAGAGCAGAGUAAGACACGGCGACUGCAGCGUCAAGCAUCAUUUUCGGGGGUCGCCAGUAAACUGAUGGACGCCAAGAGCGAAACCUCCAGGAAGCUGAGUCGACAGAUCAAUAGAAUGGCCAGAGCACAAGAGGAGAAGGAACGACAGAAACUGAGAGAGAGGGAAGAAGCUGCUCAGGUGGAGAAGAAGAAGAAAGAGGAGGAGUUUGAUCGUUCUACCAUCACCCGCAAGUUGUCAAUCUUCGGCUCGUACCGCAGAAUGUCGUUUAAUCCACAAGCAAAACUGUCUGAAGCGGUGAGUGACUGA